UGGGAGCCUGCCAUAACAGUGCCUGGUGAUGCAACCACCGCUACUGUACCGAAUCUUACGGAAGGCGAGGAAUACGAAUUUCGUGUUAUCGCCAUCAACAAAGGUGGCUUGUCCGAUCCCAGCGAUCCGAGCGUGGCUGUUAUUGCCAAACCACGAAACUUGGCUCCGAAGAUUGAUCGAAAUGCUUUGAAACCAGUGCGAGUGAAGGCCGGACAAAUGAUAACAUUUGAUGUGCCGGUUGAAGGUGAACCACCACCUACUGUGACAUGGACAAAUCCAGACGGCCGUGAACUAAAACGUGGCGGCCGAGUUAAACUUGACAACCCCGAUUACAGGACCAAACUACAAAUACGCGCAUCUGAAAGGAGUGAUAGUGGCACGUACACAGUCAGAGCUGUUAAUCCCAACGGUGAAGAUUCCGCCACUGUAGAAGUCACUGUUAUUGGUCAUUCUUUGAUGUGA